AUGUCCACGACCUUUUCGUCCCUUCCCAUCGUUGAUCUGGCGCCCCUCAGAACCCCGUCAGGGCCAACCAAGACGGACCUGUCCAAUCUGAGCCGGCAGCUCUACGAUGUCUUCGCCACGACUGGUUUCGCCUAUCUGGUCAACGCGCCCCUGAGCUUCAGCCAUGCCGAUGUCUUUGGCAUGGCGCUGGAGUUCUUUGGUCUGCCCGAGGAGGAAAAAAUGAAGCUGGCCAAGAGGACCUUUCGAAAGGAGAAUAAGAAUACCUACCGGGGGUACUUUCCCACCCAGCCUGAGGAGUCUUCAGAUAACCUCAAGGAAGGCUUCGAAAUCGGACCAGCUCAGCCCAUCAAAACGACGUCCAACGUGACGCAAUCAUCCAAGUUCAACCUGGCUGAACCCAACGUCUGGCCCGACGAGAAGAUCUUCCCGUCGAGACCUCGUCUGGAGCAGCUUUACGCGGAAUUGCAAGCGCUGGCCUCCAAGCUUCUCUCCUUGCUGGCCAUGUCUUUGGGGAAACCUCCCGACUUCUUUGCACACUAUCUUGAAGAUUCCCUCAGCACCCUGCGUCUGCUUCACUAUCCACCUGCAGCUGCUGAGACUAAGGCCGAGUUAGACGCGAACGCAGACCAGUACGGGUCGGUUCCGGCCACCCCACCCCCGGAGCCCGACGAACCCGUGAAGCUGAGCUGCACUCCCCAUACCGACAGUGGCAUCCUAACCCUGCUCCAUCAGGAUGCGACAGGUGGCCUGGAAGUGCAGGACUCAUCUGGUAAAUGGGUCCCCGCGCCGUACAUUCCCGAAUCGCUGGUGGUCAACAUUGGCGACCUGAUGGCCAAGGUCUCGGGAGGACGGUUUGUCGCGACGAUGCACCGCGUGCGGGCGCCGCAGAAGCGACCGAUCUCCGUCGACAGGAAUGGAAUUGCAUCCGCCCGUUUCGGCCGGUUCAGCGUCCCGUUCUUCUUUGAGCCAGGCGAGAAUUGCGUGGUGCGACCUGUAGACGACAAUGGGGAGGCCAUCGUCUACGGCGAGCACGUCCGGGCGAAGAUGAAGACCUGGGUUGAGUUCAAGGACAUUGACGAUGACGAUGACGCCAGCUCAUGA